GGCGCUGUAGACAGAGAGAGCCCGGCUCAGUCCUCUCACAGGCGGCAGCGCAUAGGACGGUGCUGUACAGGAUUUCUCUGUUUUUAAUCCGGAUCAGACUAACUGAACCCAGGAAUUAACCCGGACCCGGGGUAAACAGAGCUAACCGGGUCUUCCGGCGGCUCUGGAGGAGACCGGAGCGGCGGGCUGGUUCACCCGGCAUGUCUUUUCCCGCGCCGCGGCCGGAGGCUCCCCGGCUCCCGCAGCACCUCCACCGGAGCCUGGAGUGCCAGCAGGGCGCCGUAAGGGCGGUGCACUUCAACGCUGAUGGCAACUAUCUGCUGACCUGUGGCAGCGACAAAAGCCUGAAGCUGUGGAGCGUGAGCAGAGGAGCGCUGCUGAAGACCUACACCGGCCACGGCUAUGAGGUGCUGGACGCUGAUGGGUCAUAUGACAACAGCCAACUGUGCUCGUGCAGUUCGGACAAAACGGUGAUCCUGUGGGACGUUGCGACUGGGCAGGUCACGCGCAAACUGCGUGGACAUGCAGGGAAAGUGAACUGUGUGCGGUUUAAUGAGGAAGCCACAGUGAUGCUGUCAGGCUCUAUAGAUGGCACAGUGCGCUGCUGGGACACUCGAUCCAGGAGAAUGGAGCCGAUUCAGGUUCUGGAUGAGGCGCGGGACGGGGUCAGCAGUCUGAAGGUGUCUGAACACGAGCUGCUGACUGGUUCUGUAGAUGGCAGACUCCGGCGAUAUGACCUGCGAAUGGGUCAGCUGCACGUGGACUUCGUCAGCAGUCCAAUCACAUGUGUCUGCUUCAGUCAGGAUGGUCAGUGCACUUUGAGCUCCAGUCUGGACUCCACUGUACGUCUGCUGGACAAGAGCUCAGGAGAAAUGCUGGGAGAGUACACUGGACACCAGAAUAAAGACUAUAAGCUGGAUUGCUGUUUGUCCAACAAAGACACUCAUGUGCUGUGUUGCUCUGAGGAUGGCCACGUCUACUACUGGGAUCUGGUGGAGGGCUCAGUCACACUGAAGCUGCCUGUUGGGAAGGCCGUUGUCCAGUCUCUGUCCUUUCACCCGACAGAGCCCUGCCUACUGACGGCCAUGGAGGGUCGCGUGCAGGUUUGGGGGGCGGAACCUGCAGACGCGGAGUCCGAUACCGCCAUGACCGACUAGUGACUGGAGAAAAAGUCUUUGUAUGAGCUGGACUCGUGUAAUUACAGUGUAAUUCUAUUUUUGCAUUGAUGUACAUUUUGAUAUGCUGUAUUUCUCAUUUGUAACUUCACUGAUUAAAUGAGUUCACAUGAGAACUAACACCACAGCACAGCAAUAACUUGAGUCACAUAAAACAUAUAUAGUUUAUUGGAACUGUACAAAAGUUAUGUACACAGCAUAGAGGAACACACACACACACACACAAAAAACAAUAAGUUAAAAAAAUAAAUAAAUAACUUAUUUUACAUAAAUACAUUA